AUGGUCCAAAAAUACAAUGGUCAGCGCACUCCCGAAGAACUUACAGAAUUUAUCGUAUCCAGUGCCUCAAAAUACUACGUCAAACCAAUCAACCCUAAUGGCGAAGUAGUAGAGUUGAAUAGUAAAAAUUUUGACGAGCUGGCACGAUCAGGCCCAUGGUUCAUCAAGUUCUUUGCUCCUUGGUGUCCACAUUGUCAGACAUUGAAGCCAACAUGGGAAAAGCUGGGGAAUGUCUUGAAAGGAAAAGUUAAUGUUGGGACAGUAGAUUGUACUGUCGAGGGAGAUAUCUGCAAUAAUUACUCAAUAAGGGGAUACCCUACUCUGAAACUGUUGAUAAAUGGCGAAACAACGGAUUACAGAGGCUCGCGUAAAUUGGAAGAAUUGAAAAAGUGGGCUGAGAAGGCCGUCGCUGCUGGCGCCAUAAAAAUAAAUGCUGAUGACUUUGCUGAAAUCAGAGAAAAGGAGGAUUUGUUCUUUUUAUUCGUCUACGAUUCAAAAACUUCUGCUGAAGCAAUGACAACAAUCAACGACCUCUCUAAAACAUUCUUCUCUAUUGGCAAAUUCUACGUUUCGGACGAUUCAGAAAUCCUACUACAACUUGGUAUCUCUGAAAUUCCGACGUUUCUAGUCGUUAAAUCCGAUAUUAAUUACCGAUAUACCUCGAGUGCGUCGAACGCAUUCACCGACGUCAAAUCUCUCAAAGCCUUUAUUCAAAAACAUAAAUAUCCGCUGCUCACGCAAAUAGAUCUGGGCAAUUCGGAGGAUAUACUCAAAGGAUCGAAACUGGUUGUACUCGGUAUAAUGAAUCCAAAAGAAAAGAAGUUUAUUGAUGCAAAGAAGUCACUAAGGAACGUCGCAGUAAAAUAUUACUCAAAGGUGAACGAAGCAGGUGGAAAUGAAGGAGGAAGAGAGGUUGUGUUUGCAUGGAUUGAUGGAACUAGAUGGUCAGAAUAUAUCGGACGCAUGUACGGAAUUAAGACAGCAAGCCUUCCCACUGUUGUUAUUCACGAUGCUGAGGGCGAUGAAUAUUAUGACAACACAAUACGAGGAACUUUAUUUUCGGUCUAUGAUGAAGCAGAGUUAUAUGAUGCUAUUAACGAUGCUAAAGGAAAUAGACUCAUUGGCAAAAGUACAAUUAGCAUCAUUGAGAGAUUCGCAAAGACGACAUACAACGGAAUAUGGAAUCAUCCACUUAUUACCCUAUCAUUAUUUGGUGUCGUAUUUGCUGCUGUGUGGAAGAUAAUUUCAAGGGAUCAUUCGUCUCUUGAUUAUGGGAAAGAUUAUCCCAAGUUUGAAUAA